ACCGCACCAGAACCACCAAGAGCAAACCUAACAAUGUCGAAGUCUUUCACAUCUACUCUCCUCAUCAUAAACGUCUCCCUUGCAGCGAUGAUCACGAUCAUCUCCAUUCGAACGGUCGACGGCGGUGGCGGCGACAACAGGCUGAGCAGUUGGGAAGUUCUCGGCAAAGACAGCUGUCGGGGCUCCAUGGCUGAGUGCGUGAACGGUGAAGAUGAAGAACUCGAGCUUAUGAUGAAUAGAGAGAUCAAACGGAGAGUAUUAGCAACUUCACAGUACAUAAGCUACGACUCGCUGCAGCGUAACUCGGUGCCAUGCUCUCAGAGAGGUGCGUCAUACUACAACUGCCAGCAAGGUGCUCAGGCUAAUCCUUAUACCAGAGGUUGCACCGCCAUUACUCGUUGCCGGAGUAGUUAAGCUGCUGCUGCUGCUGCUUCUUCUUCUGCUUCGAUUUAAUAUAGAAACACGAUAGUAAUAUGAUUAUAACUA